AUGUCGACAUCGAUACCGCCAGUGCGGCCUCUGGCUGGCUUGAAGCAGGCUCUGCGACAAUGUCGAGCAGAACGAGAACGAUGCCGAACAUACGCGACAGCACCGAUGGCACAGAAGACCUCAAUGCCCAACUACCCUUCACUGGAACCCAAGUACAAUGCUCCCAAGGCAGGCUUCAGGCCCUCGCAGGCGAUCAAGCAAAAUCGCUUCGAAGAAGGACUCCGCAAGAUCCCCAACAUACCACCUCCACGAUCAACAGCGAAACUAUGCCGGGACCCCAUAAACAAAGUGUACGAAGACCAGCUGAAGGUGCUGGACCCAACCGGUGCACGAACACGACUCUUCAGUGAUGACAACCCGGAGCGAGUUCAACCUGGCGAUAUUCUCCUUGUACGCAUGAAGUCCGGCGAUCCAUUCUCUGGCGUAGUGCUCAACAUUCGGAAACGAAACUCGCCCAUCGAUACAUCGAUACUACUACGGAAUCAAUUGACGAGAGUUGGCGUGGAAAUGUGGUGCAAAGUCUACUCGCCAAACGUGGAUGGAAUUGAAAUCGUGCAGAGGAAGGAGAAGAGGGCGAGAAGAGCUAAGCUAUACUACAUGAGACUGCCGAAGCACGAUGUUGGUAGCGUGGAGAACAUUGUCCGCCAAUACCAAAGGCAGAGGAUGGGAGGUCCGAUGGGAAGCAGAGACACGAAGGGUAGGGAUGCCAAUGCGAAUAGGAAGAGGAAAAACAAGAAGGGGAGGAACUGA